CGACACAACCGCGCCCGAGACCACACCGCCUCCUCCGCCCAGCCUCCUGCACCCGCCGAUUCGUCGAGCUCGCCCUGCCUCACCUCGCCUCGCUCCCCUGCCUCCUUCCUUCCCUCCCUUCCUCCCCACCUCCUCCCUGCGGCCGCGUACCCCCUGCAUGCGAGCGCGCCGCCGGCGGCCGCAGACGCCCGGGACGGCAUGGACAAGUACGAGCCGGUGCGCGACAUCGGGUCGGGCAACUUUGGGGUGGCGCGGCUGAUGCGCAACCGGGAGACCCGAGGGCUCGUAGCCGUCAAGCUCAUCGAGCGCGGGCACCGGAUCGACGAGAAUGUGUACCGCGAGAUCGUCAACCACCGUUCGCUGCGGCACCCGAACAUCAUCCAGUUCAUAGAGGUGAUCCUAACUCCAACACAUCUUGCAAUUGUGAUGGAGUAUGCAGCUGGUGGGGAACUCUUUGAUCGAAUCGUCGAUCGUGGGCGGUUUAGCGAGGAUGAGGCCAGAUAUUUCUUCCAGCAGUUGAUCUGUGGAGUGAGCUAUUGCCAUCACAUGCAAAUAUGCCAUAGAGAUUUGAAGCUGGAGAAUGUUCUCUUGGAUGGCAGCCCAGCUCCACGGCUCAAGAUUUGUGAUUUUGGGUACUCCAAGUCAUCAGUACUACAUUCAAGGCCAAAAUCAGCAGUGGGGACCCCAGCAUAUAUUGCACCAGAGGUGCUUUCUCGGAGGGAGUAUGAUGGGAAGCUUGCAGAUGUAUGGUCGUGUGGAGUCACUCUUUUUGUCAUGAUCGUGGGAGCCUACCCAUUUGAAGACCAGGAUGAUCCUAAAAAUAUUAGAAAGACCAUUCAGCGAAUAGCAGCAAUUCAGUAUAAGAUCCCAGACAAUAUUCACAUAUCUGAUGAGUGCAGAGAGCUCAUUUCCCGUAUAUUUGUUAGCAAUCCAUUGAGGAGAAUCACCAUGAGGGAAAUAAAAAGCCAUCCAUGGUUCCUGAAGAACUUGCCGAGGGAGCUCACAGAAGCAGUGCAGUUAUCCUACUUCAGGAGGGACAACACUGUCCCUGCUUUCUCAGACCAAACAACAGAAGAAAUCAUGAAGAUUGUCAAGGAGGCAAGAACCAUGCCAAAAUCAUCUCGAUCAGGCUACGGCUACAAUGACGAGUUCUCAGAUGAGGAGGAAAAGGAAGAGGAGAAUGAACCCAAAGUGGAGGAGGAGGAGGAAGAUGAGUGUGAUAAGAGGGUCAGGGAGGUUCGUGAGAGUGGGGAGCUGGAUAUGGCCUCACUGCACAUCUAAAUCUGCUUGUUCUGAGGUGGUUGGAUGUAGAUAAUUUGGCUUUAUUAUCUGCUGGACUGGGUAGAAUGUAUAUGUAUGCAAUUCCGGGUUCAGUUAUUGUAGUCUAUUUAGGCCUUUCCCACCCUGUAAUAUAUAUUCUGAUGAACUGUAUGUGUGGUAUAAGGUUUGUUCUAAAGGAGCAAGGUAUUGUACAGGCACACCAGGUUGUGUUUUUGGAUAGGAAGAUUUGCCAUUUGUUUGCACUCUGCAGCAAACAUUUUUGGAAUUUGUAAGGCAUAAGUGUGUGGGGGCAUGCCAUGUAAAAAUGGUUAAAUGUUGCAAACUCUUUCAAAACGAGGUAUAUGAUUUUCUUUUCAAA